GAAAAAAAACGGAGAGAGGAAAGAAAAUAAUAGAAGAGAGGGAGAAGGAAACACCGCAGCCCCUCCGUUGGUUGGUUGUGGGGAUUUUUUUGGAGGGGGGGCAGAGGCAGAAAUCGCCUUUUUUUCUUCUAACGCAGACUUGCGGACUAACAUGGGGGGAAGAGAGAGCUCCUGACGAGGAUUGACUUUCAGUGAACCUCUGCUCUGUGGUACAAGUCUGCUCAUAGACAGGGAGGGAAAAAAAGGCGACGGGGGAAGACAUGUUGAGGGGCUUUUCGUCUUGAGGUUGCGGUAGGAUGUUGAUGUUGUGCUCUUAAAAACAGACGGCUCUCGUUGGAGGAUUUAAAAAAAGAAAAGAGGCCAAAUGGAAAUUGGGCGGUAGGCUAUGCUCAGGAGCCAUAUCGGUGUUUAUUUAAUUGGUUUGUUAUGAUCUGAAAUUACGUAGGCCUCUCAGGCAGCCCCGCAGUAAAUAAAUACUCGGUCAGCAAACAGGGGCUACAUAGCUGGAAAUUAACUAUUCAUAUUUAAAGGGGACAUUUUUGACUUUGAUCCGCUGUUUUUCUUUUUUUUCUCCAGCAAGUGUUUAAGAGUUGAUUGUGUUUUUAAAGCCAAAGUCGGUGUUUAGAUUAAAUUGCAAAACCGUGGAUCCAAAACAUUUUCAGCCUGCAUCAACUCUUUAGGGGGGGGGGGUCAUACAAAGGCCCGGUAGAAACCAUAGUGAAAGCUACAUCAUCAUCAUCAUCAUUAUAAGACUGUUUUAACUGCACAGGGAGCAUUUCCACAGGCUGGCUCCAAGCACAAAGGUGCACAAGACUAGUGUUUACCUCCAGUUCAUAGCUUAAGGCAGGAGACAAAAGAAGAUUUUUAAAUGUUAAUGUCGACCGACGUUGCAUCCAUCAUGCUGCCUGUGUCCCGGGGUCUCAUGGACCGGGAUAGAGAGUUGGACACCAUGGCCGGGGUGCACGCCAACGCGGGCGGCGCUCCUGCAGCUGUCCGGGGAAUGAAGCGCGGAGACCCGGAACCCGACGGACAGACAGCAGCGGCUCUGGUCGACUCGGCCGGGGCUGAGUGCAAGCGUCCCCGGAUCGACGGCUCAGGGGGGCUCGGCGAGGUUGGCCAGAACAACGACCCUUUGACCCUUGGUUACCAUGGAUACCCCUCUCAUAGUCAGGGCUCUCAGGAUAGUGCUGGCGGCCAGGACGGACUCGUACCUCCACCCUUCUCCGCGUUCCCUCCACCUCCACCACCGCCCCCCCAGAACGGCCUGACCCUGGAUUACGGGGGUAGCCUGUACGCAGCCGGGGCCGUCCAGGGCCCCGUGGAAGCCGGCGGAGCAGCGAACAUCGCCGCCAACGCCGCCAACAGCAUCAGUGCACAAUCAGAUGGGUCCUCUCAGAUUGAUGGUCAAUCAGGGGUUGGCUCAGGGGGAGGAGGUGGUGGAGGGAGCAUCGGGGAUGAUUCAGAUGCCAAGGGGACCCCCAAACGCCUCCACGUGUCCAACAUCCCCUUCCGCUUCCGAGACCCCGACUUACGGCAGAUGUUUGGGCAAUAUGGCAAAAUCCUCGAUGUCGAGAUAAUUUUCAAUGAAAGGGGAUCCAAGGGCUUCGGUUUUGUAACAUUUGAGACGAGUGCAGAUGCAGAGAGGGCCAGAGAGAAGCUUCAUGGUACACUGGUGGAGGGACGUAAAAUCGAGGUCAAUAAUGCCACAGCCAGAGUGAUGACGAACAAGAAGAUGACCACCCCGUACUCUAACGGAGAAGGCCUUGCAGCUCUGCCAUACGCUGGAUGGAAGUUGAGUCCCAUGGUUGGAGCAAUGUAUAGUCCUGAACUCUAUACAGGUAUGACAACAGUUCCAGGGUUUCCAUACCCAGCAGCAGCAGCAGCAGCGGCUGCCUCCACCGCUGCAACCUUUCGGGGCGCUCACCUCCGAGGUCGUGCCCGGCCCAUGUACAGCGCAGUCAGGGCAGCUGUGCCACAACCUGCCAUCCCUACCUACCCUGGUGUGAUGGCCUAUCAGGAUGGUUUUUACGGUGCCGCUGAUCUCUAUGGUGGCUAUGCAGCGUAUCGUUACGCCCAGCCAGCUGCGGUAGCAACUCCUGCAGCAGCAGCGGCCGCAGCAGCAGCUUACAGUGACAGCUACGGACGAGUUUAUACGGCAGACCCCUACCAUGCUGCACUCGCCCCAGCUGCCUACGGUGUUGGUGCCAUGGCCACACUGUACAGGGGAGGCUACAGUAGAUUUGCCCCCUACUAAAGACACUACAUUUCCCAGGAGCUCCUCUCUUCCAUUGAAUUACUCUGAAAGAGCUCCCUCUGUUGUCGUGGAGGUGGACUGCACCCAGUUUUAAAGCGUGGAGUCAACCACAACAAAGAUAUUUCAGAUCCCAUCCCAGAGCAGUCCCACAUUUUCUUAUAUACGCUACUACAGAAAUAGAGGAAUGCUGUAUUAAAGACUGAUGGAUGGCCUUUACAUAAAAAAAAAGAAAAAGGAAAAAAAAAGACUUAAAAUGGCCUCCUUCCCUUAUUGCACGGCUGUAUUAUAGUCCCCCUUCUUAUUCCCUCAGCACUCAGCAGCACAAGACUCGGGAUGGAGCCCAGAUGUUCUUCCAAAGGCUGUAUGUGGAUAACUGACAUUUUAAACAGCUGUCAGCCACGUAUGAGAAGGUGCUGAGCACUGUGUAUCUGCACACACUCAACAUUUAAGGAAAGAGAGAGCGAGAGAAGGGCAGAGAGAGAGAGGGAAACAAGCAAUCAAGGUGUCCACUGGUAGGAAGCAAGAAAGUGCAUCAAAACGGCACCAGAAAACAUUUUGAGUCACUAAAAUGAUAAAACGCCCACUGAUGGUUUUUAUAAUUCCUCCUUUAUGUGGGUGGAUAGUAAUGAGAAGAUUGCCAUUCUUGCUGUGUUCUGGUUGAGGGAGACUGAUCAUGGCAGCUUGAAGGGAUGAUGAUGUGACGGUUUAUCACGCUACAGAAAUCACGUCCAAAAGCUGAAGGAGGGAGGGUUAUUAGAGCUGUUCCUUACCUCAAGUUUUCUUAGUAUGUGGAAAUGGUGAACCUUUAAACUUAAAUUGUUAUGAUAUGCAAAGAAAUUAGUUUAGAGAAAAAAGUUACCAAAUUAUUAUUAUUAUUAUUAUUAUUAUUGUAAUUAUUAUUAUUAAUAUCAUUAUUUUGUUUGACUCAGCUACACAGCAGUCGCUGCUGUUAUGGGACAUGUAGUUUCCCCAAUGAAACUUGGGGUUAAAAUUCGAAAAUGAGCAUCUAUUUAAGAAAUAUUCCACCUUUCUGACUAUAUGACACAACUAUAGUCUCACGUCAUCCUUCUCGCGCACAAGAUUUCACUACACUGUGUGCAAGCACCACUACACACUACUACAAAAAGUGCAAACACUACACUAAAAACAUUUUCUCCUAAAGUUGAUUCUUAGCUUUCGAGCCAA